AGAUUAACCCUGAAGAGUAUUCUGUGUGUAAAUGCAUCCAGGGUAGGAAUGGGGGUGCACUGGAGGGUGCACUGUAGCAGAAGUCAUCAGUGAAGCAUUCCUGGUGGAGGGAAGGAAUUUCUUUCACACUCAGGACUUUGGAGGGGUCAGAGAGAGUGCUCCAUGCACUGAAGCGUAACGUUGAUGCUCUCCUGCUGCUCUGUGAGGAUGUUUCUCUUUGCCAUGGGUUUUCUGCUAGUCAUCCUUCAGCCGUCCACCGGACAAUUCCCCAGAGUCUGUGCAAACACACAGAACUUGCUGAGGAAAGAGUGCUGUCCCCUCUGGGAUGGAGAUGGGUCCCCUUGUGGGGAGCUUUCCAACAGAGGGUCCUGCCAGAACAUCCUUCUCUCUCAGGCUCCACUGGGACCACAGUUCCCUUUCUCAGGAGUGGAUGACAGAGAGGACUGGCCCUCUGUAUUUUACAACCGAACAUGUAAAUGCGAAGGCAACUUCAUGGGAUUCAACUGUGGGGAGUGCAAGUUUGGUUUCUCAGGACUCAACUGCACUGAAAGGCGACUGAGAACAAGAAGAAAUAUCUUUCAGCUCUCCACCACUGAGAAGAACAAGUUUCUUGCCUACCUUAAUUUGGCAAAGAACAUUCCUAGCCAGGACUAUGUUAUUGCUACUGGCACUUAUACUCAGAUGAAAAAUGGCUCCAAUCCCAUGUUCAGAAACAUCAACGUGUACGAUCUCUUUGUAUGGAUGCAUUAUUAUGCCUCUCGAGACACACUCUUAGGUGGGUCCAAUGUGUGGCGGGACAUUGAUUUUGCCCAUGAAGCCCCUGGUUUUCUGCCUUGGCAUCGGGUCUUUCUGCUGAUGUGGGAACGUGAGAUCCAGAAGAUAACAGGAGAUGAGAACUUCACCAUCCCCUACUGGGACUGGCGAGAUGCAGAAGACUGUGUGGUCUGCACUGAUGAAUACAUGGGCGGCAGACACCCCACCAACCCUAAUCUACUCAGCCCAGCAUCAUUCUUCUCCUCGUGGCAGGUAAUUUGCACUCGAUCUGAAGAGUACAACAGCCAACAGACUUUAUGCAAUGCCACAAGUGAAGGGCCUAUACUGCGAAAUCCUGGGAACAAUGAUAAAUCAAGGACCCCAAGGCUCCCAUCUUCAGCUGAAGUUGAAUUUUGCCUAUCGCUGACUCAGUAUGAAUCUGAACCCAUGGAUAAAAUGGCAAAUUACAGUUUUCGAAAUACUUUGGAAGGCUUUGCUGAUCCACGGACUGCAAUAUCAAACAUAUCUCAAAGUGGUUUGCACAAUGCACUUCACAUCUACAUGAAUGGCUCCAUGUCCCAAGUACAAGGUUCUGCAAAUGAUCCUGUCUUUGUAUUACACCAUGCAUUUGUUGACAGCAUUUUUGAGCGAUGGCUAAGAAGACACAGGCCCAUGCUAGAAGUUUACCCAGCAGCCAACGCACCCAUUGGGCACAAUCGAGAAAAUUACAUGGUCCCCUUUAUUCCCCUUUACAGAAAUGGAGAAUUUUUUAAAUCCUCAAGGGAGCUGGGGUAUGACUACGAGUAUCUGCAAGAACCAGCACUUGGGUCUUUCCAGGAGUUUUUAAUACCCUACCUUGACGAAGCCCGUCAGAUCUGGGCUUGGUUGGUUGGAGCAGCUGUGAUUGGAGCCAUCAUUACUGCUCUGCUCACAGGGCUCAUUCUGGUCUGCCGGAAGAAAAGACAAAGAACUUCUUCAGAGAUACAACCCUUGCUCAUAGAAAGUGAAGAUUACAACAAUAUGUGUUAUCAGUCCAGUUUCUAGAGGCCUCCAGUAACUAGGUGAUUUACUAAGGUGCUAAUCAAGCAUGCAGUGUUUGAUUCACGUUUACAAAUGCCUUGUUGAGGUGUGCUGCAUAAGCAGGAUGGGCAGUCAUGUUCCUCAAGUCUCUUGUAACCUCCAGUGUUGUAGUAUCUUAUCAGAUCCACUCCUGCAAAAAUCUCCCAGAUCCAACCACACCACCCAAAGAACUCAAUGUAUUUCCUAUGCUUGAUUAAAUAAUGCUCCUGUGAAACUAGA